UUGGUUGCUAACAGUGCUAACUUCACACCGGUUUUUUAAAAUGACAUUUUUCAUGAAGAAUUUAUCAAAGUCUUUUGCAUGUAUUUACCGGAAUAAAUCGAUAGAGUUUUGUUACUCAUUUCCAGAAAAGAGAAUGAUGAGUUCCGAAAUUGAAAAAGCUGUGAAAGCUAAAAAAGAAAGAAAUCGUGAAACAAUUUUUGAUAAAGUUAUAUCUAAAAAGAUUCCAGCUGACAUUAUAUUUGAGGACAAUCUGUGUCUAGCAUUUAAUGAUGUUAAUCCUCAAGCUCCUAUACAUUUUCUUGUGAUACCAAAGAAACGAAUUCUUAAUCUUGAUGAUAGCAGUGAAAAUGAUAAAGAGGUUCUUGCACAUAUUUUGCUGACAGCCAAAACACUUGCUCAAAAACGAUUGCCAAAAGGCUAUCGUUUGGUUAUAAAUAAUGGCCCAGAUGGUUGUCAGUCGGUUUACCAUCUUCAUAUACAUAUAUUGGGAGGAAGACAAAUGAAUUGGCCACCAGGAUAAAAUAUCUAUGACUUAUUGAAUAUGUAGUUCAUUCACAAUUAAUGAGGAAGAGAAAAUAAUACUUAACUGUUUACAAAAUUUA